AUGGCGGCGACGCGCGCGCGCGACGUCGGCGUGCUGAUGGCGAACCUGGGGUACUUACCCGCCCCGGGCCUGCGCGCGGACGAACGCGCGCGAAGAACGCGCACGGAGGCGUCGACGUCGGCGCGACUCGUGCGCGCGGGGACGCGGACGCUGCGGCUCGGCGGCGUGUUCACCGUCGUCGCCUACCUCGGUCACGACGGCGGCGCGGAGGAAAACGAGGCGGUGCGUCGCGCGUUCGCCGAAUUGUCGCCCAAGGACUUCACCGUCGUGGUGCACGCGGUGGUGAAUCGCAAGAACGCGCCGGUGUUGCUCGAGAUCGACGACGCGAAGAAAGACCCGUUCGACGUGCUCGCGACGCGCGCGCGACGCGACGACGACGCGACGACGCGGGCGCCGCCAAACAUUUCGCGUCCCGAACAGAGUCCGUUGUUGGGCAAACUCGCGACGUUUUUACCGUCGCUCGCGAGCGCGAACGAGGCGCUGGCGACGAAAACGGCGAGCGAGGUGAACAUCGAGGUCGCGAGCGACGACGACGGGGCGGCGAGGAUCGAAAUGGAUUUGGGACUCGGGGUGGUGGAUUUGAAAACAGACGACGCGGUGCGCGUGGCGGCGAAACGCGCGGGGGUGGCGCACGAGGAGACGCGAGACGAGGUCAAGGCGGAGACGCUCGUGGUGCCGACGAAACAGAGCGGCGCGGCGUCAAAGAACGCGAAGCGCUCGAAGAAGAUGAUAGAGGAAUUGUAA